AUGGCACAAGAGGGCCGUGUUCUGGGCAAACACCUGGCCCUGGUAUUCUCCGUCGGGUUGCCAAGACGGGCAAAGAACAACUUUUUCGAACGUGAUGGCUUCAACAUCACUCUACCUGGUAGGGCGGGGCAAUCCCUCCUCAACGUGGGACCUCGCUACGCGGACAUCAUGCUUGCGUUGAGGAAGGAGACGGAAAUACACGACGAUCUCUUGGUUGGAGAUUAUGAAGAUACCUAUUACAAUCUCACCCUCAAGAUGCAUUACACCUUCGUUUGGGCAGCUCGUUUCUGUCGGCCGACGGUCAAUCACCGUGCUUCACCCCUGUUCAUCUUUCUGGACGACGACUUCUCCUUCAACGUGGCCAAUCUAGUCAACCUCCUGCGGAGUCUUGAGUCAACGGAACCACCCAAACGCCUCUUAAUAGGCAAUAACAGGAUGCAUAAUCCCACGAUACGGCCUAGUGCCGGCGGUGAGUACAAGAAGUGGGCCCUAUCGAAGCGGGAAAUGCCCAGUCCGGAACUGCCUCCCCACUGCAACGGAGCCUUCUACAUCCUCGACUACACAUCCCUGGAGGAAAUUGCAAUAGCGAUGCACUUCAUCACUGUCCUGCCACUAGAUGACGUCUGGCUGGGUCUGGUGAUGACUCGGCUAGGUCUGCAGUUCGAAAAACCAUACCAAAACGCCUACAAUCCACUGCCGUCUGCGAACGCUGAUAGCGCAGUAUUCGCACCCCUUGAAGUCUUCUUGAAACGCAGACACGAUAAGCAACUGCUUGAGCGUUAUCCAAUGCGAAGACCAGACAGAACUCAGCCGAAGAUCGCUUUAGCACGGGAAAGCAGCAGCACACCGUGGUCAACGGCCCCAUCUCCCCUGAACUCGACGUAUGCCUAA